UUUUAUCAGUUGACAUGAUAGAACAAUUCAUUAGACAUGUACUGACUCAGAGUAAUACAUUGGAAAUGCAUAUUCAGUGUCAUGCAUGAGUUAACACUGUGCAGAGGUCAGAAAACAGCAAAAAUUCCCCUAAAACGUGACCUUUAUCCCCAGGUGCACGUGAUGCAGACGUAAAGUCCCGGAGACACAAAAAUAUCGAAGAUAUGAAUCAUCGGGGGAUUUCCAACACUCUCGCUUGUAUAGCUAUAUAAGUACUGGGAGAACCUCUGUUCAGGCAGAUCUCCCCAGGCACCUCACCAGUGCAGGUCAGAAACAGACAGUGCAUGUGGAAGCAAACAUCACUGAGUGACAACAAAGACCAUCAUCCUUAACUUCACCCCGUGUGCAAGAUGGGGAACAAAUUAAGAACAAGUAGAAGCCAAGAGACUGAAGAUAAACAACCUGUUAUCAUUGAACUUCAAGACAUAUCAAGUCAGUACACAGACCACCUUAAGGAAGGAGACUCCUCCCUUGCCAGGGGAGACCUGGACUCAGCAGAGCAGCACUUUGCAGCUGCACUCAAGACAGUACAUGUGGAAGACCCGACAGCCCAGCAGUACCAGAGAGAGGUGGAGCCCCUGUGCAAGUUGGGGGAUGUCUACAGUAAGCAAGGUCAGCAGACAGGAGACGGGGGAGACUUUGUCAAAGCAGCAGCACUCUACAAUGCAGCAAUACCCAGGUCAGAGGAUCAAGUCCUCAAUGGUAACAUAGAAAUAGCUAUCAAAGAGGUAGAGAACUCAUUUCUCAUAUAUAUCUUAGGCAUUAAUACGAAUAAUAGAAAUGUUAGCCAAGAUGACACAGAAAAACACAAGAAAAAGCUGAAGAAGAUGCGGGACCAGAUCAAGCUGAAGAUGGAAACCAUUGACCAGCAACUGGAUCCCUAUGUACAAGAGGAUGACCCAUGUGUCAGAGAGAUAGAGGCAAAACGAGCUCAGGCUGUCAGGCAGUUGUUUGAGAACAUUGCACAACAAAGGAAGGAGUUCAUCAGUCUGCUUGUAGAAGAGUGUAUUGGGUUAAUGGGUCCCCCUCCCUGUAAGUAUGCCCUGAUAGGUUUGGGUUCACAGGCCACAGGACUGGUAACUCCAUACUCAGACCUGGAGUUUGCCAUCUUGGUAGAAAAAGAAAGUGAAGAAUGUCUUGUGUAUUUCCGUAACAUCACCCACUAUCUACACCUCAAGGUGGUCAACCUGGGAGAAACCAUUCUCCCAGCACUGGGAAUAAAAUCUCUCAAUAACUUCUACUCUGAGAACCCACUUGAAAACUGGUACUAUGACUCUGUUACACCUCGUGGGUUUGCAUUUGAUGGCUCCAUGCCAAAGGCAAGCAAGACUCCACUGGGCAGGCAGGGAACUAAGAACAAACCACCCAGUGAACUCAUCUGCACCCCGAAGAACAUGGUCAAAAUACUUCAGAAUGAUGUCACACUAUACCUGACGAAAGGAUAUCACCUUGCCACUAUCUUGAGAAACCCAUGCCUGAUAGCAGGGAACCAGGAUUUGAUUGACACGUACAUGGACAUCACAGAGAAGAUACUGCAAGCUGAUGGGGGCAAAAUGGCUCAACAACUGGCACAGAAGACACUAAGGGAAAACAUGGAAAGCUACAGUAAUGAUACAGUUUCAGCAAGGCUAAUUGAUGUUAAGAAAGAGAUCUAUCGCUUCCCAGCUGUAGCAGUGGACUGCUUGGCACUGUCUAAAGGCAUCAUACCUACCACAGUUUGGGAGACAAUAGAAGAAAUGGAAAACCGACAAGUGAUCAGUUCCGACAAUGCACACCACCUGACAGUGCUUACCAGCAUCUCGGCAGAACUCAGGCUCAGAACCUACAUCGCAAAUGGUGGACAGAAGGAAAACCUGUCAGCUAUGGCCUCAGUUGAAACAGAACAGCAAGGACAGGAAUCAUCUCUACAGACCAAUGCACAAAAUAAUGAUAAAGAACAACUACACAGACUGAAAGAAGUCUUUCAUCUACCAAAUGAGAAACAGCUUUUUCGGUACUGUUAUACGGCAGUUCCUUUGAGGAGAGCAUUGUGUGAAUGGUCUGGACCCGUAAUUAGUAAUAGUGGUAUAAAGGAAUUAGUUCUACAUACACUCAAUAAUAUCUCUAACUGUUGGUUUUCUGGGGAGCAGCCAGCCUUUGAUGGUCAGUCUCUUCUCUAUGAUAGUUCACCAAGUGUAAAAGGUAAGAUGUACAUGGAGCUAUGCCAAUAUUGCCUGGCUAUUGACUGCUAUGACAAGGCCCUGAAAGGAGUAGAUGUAGCUGACACUGAGAAAAUAGAGCUGCUUCUCUACAAAGGACUCUGUUGUUUCCACAUGGGUGAUCACCAAACAGCAAUAAGCUGCUGUGAUCAGGCACUGGAUAGGUGCAGAGGCAUCCAUACUGAUAAUCAGGAACAUCCCAGGAUUGCUGUGUUACACAACAAUCUGGGGGCAGCCUGGGGUGACUGGGGUGAUCAAACGAAAGCCAUUAGUUAUCAUGAACAGACACUGCAGAUGUACAGGAGUAUCUAUGGUGAGGGUACACCACAUACUCUCAUUGCCACCUUACUCAACAACCUGGGCAUGGCUAAGGAUGAUCACAAAAAAGCAAUCAGCUACUUUAAGCAGGCACUGCAGAUGCACAAGCGUAUCUAUGGUCAGUCUAAACCACAUCCUGAAAUUGCCAAGUCACUUAACAACCUGGGGUUAGCCUUGCGCCACCGGGGUGAUUACAGAAAAGCAAUCAGCUACCAUGAACAGGCACUGCAGAUGUACAGGUGUGCCUAUGGUCCACUAACAGCACAUCCUGACAUUGCCACCUCACUCAACAGCCUGGGGGAAGCAUGGAGUCACCUGGGUGAUUACAGAAAAGCACUCAGCUACUUUCAACUAGCACUGCAGAUGGACAGGAGUAUCUAUGGUCAGGAUAAAGAACAUCCUGACAUUGCCUCCUCUCUCAACAACCUGGGGACAGCGUGGUAUAACCUGGGUGAUCCCAAAAAAGCAAUCAGCUACCAUGAACAGGCACUGCGGAUGUACAAGAGUAUCUAUGGUCAGACCAAAGCACAUUUUGACAUUGCUACCUCACUCGACAACCUGGGGUUAGCCCAAGAGAAACAGGAAGAACAUAAAAAAGCAAUCAGCUACCAUGAACAGGCACUGCAGAUGUACAGAAUUAUCUAUGGUCAGACUAACAGACAUCCUGGCAUUGCUCGCUCACUCUACAACCUGGGGACAGCAUUGAGUAGCCAGGGUGAUCACAAGAAAGCAGAAGAGUACUUUACACAAGCACUGCAGAUGUGGACCAUUAUCCAUGGUCAAAAUAAAGCAAACACUGACACUGCCAUCACACUCAGCAGCCUGGCGACAGGCUGGGAGAAACUGGGUGAUUUCAACUUAGCAAUCACCUACUAUGAAGAGGCACUGCAGAUGAGGACAACAAUUCAUGGUCAGACACAUCCUGCCAUUGCAACCUUACUCAACAACCUGGGGGGAGCCAGGCACAACCUGGGUGAUUACAGGAAAGCAGUCAGCUACCAUAAACAGGCACUGCAGAUGCGCAAGAGUAUCUACGGUCAGGGUACAGAACAUCCAGACAUUGCUGAAUCACUGAACAACCUGGGGUUAGCCUGGGGUAAACUGGGUGAUGACAAAAAUUCAAUCAGCUACCAUGAACAGGCACUGCAGAUGCGCAGGAGUAUCUUUGGUCAGACUGCAGAACAUCCUGACAUUGCCAUCUCACUCAACAAUCUCGGGUCAGCUUGGGAGAAACAGGGUGAUCACAGGAAAGCAAUCAGCUACCUUGAACAGGCACUAAAGAUACGCAAGAGUAUCUAUGGUCAGCAUACAGCACACCCUGACAUUGCCAUCUCACUCAACAACCUGGGGCAAGCCUUGUAUAACGUGGGUGAACCCAGAAAAGCAUGUCCUUUCCAUGAAGAGGCACUAAAGAUGUACCAGAGCAUCCAUGGUCAGACUGAAGCACACCCUGACACUGCAAACUCACACAACAACCUGGGGAGGGUCUGGCACGACCUGUGUGAUUACAAGAAAGCAAUCAGUUACCAUGAACAGGCACUGCAGAUGUACAGGGAUAUCUAUGGUGAGACUAAAGCACAUCCUGAAAUUGCUAGGUCACUCAACAGCCUGGGGUCAGCCUGGGAGAAACUGGGUGAUUACAGAAAAGCAAUCAAGUACAUUGAACGGGAACUGGAGAUGUUGAAGGCUAUAUAUGGUCAAAACAAAGCACACCGUGACAUUGCCCACUCACUCAACAACCUGGGGUCAGCCUUGGAUAACCUGGGUGAGCACAGAAAGGCAAUCAGCUACCUUGAACAGGCCCUGAAGAUGUACAAAAGUAUUUCUGGUCAGCAUCCUGAUAUUGCCACCUCAUUCAACAACCUGGGGUCAGCAUAUGCAAAACUGGAUGACUACAAGAAAGGAAUCAGCUAUCAUGAACAGGCACUACAGAUGCUCAGAAGUAUCUAUGGUCAGGGUACAAAACAUCCUGAGAUUGCCAGCACGAUCAACAUGCUGGGAAUGGCCAAGAAAAAACAUGGUGAUCACCAGCUCAGAACGGCUCUCAGUGACUGUGAAGAAGCCUUGGCUAUGGAAAGGCAGCUUCACCCUCAGGAACCAAAUCAUCCAAGGAUAACAGAAUUGGAAAGGAACAUUACUGGGAUCACUGCACAACUUGCGGCUUUCCCUGUCCAGUAAUCUCUUCAACUUCAAUUACAAAUACAUGCAUUUUAGAUUUGUCAUACCCGGUCCAUAUAGAACAAGCUUUUCUUUAUUUGGAUUUACCAGAAGAUGGACAGGGAGACAUAACAGGUUAUUACUCUUUUUACGUCGAUGAAGGUUAGACAUCCAGGUAAUAUGAUACGCCAAAAAGCAGUUGCUCAAGCAACUGGAUAUGAUUUUGGAACGUCAGACGUUUCAGCUAGUAUCCACUAGCUUUCGUAAGUGACUGAGAGACCAGAGGAGAAAUGGGCGUAUUACUCUUUUUAUUAGUGUGGCGGGUUCUUUAACAUGCUUGAGGUGUGGCUCUCCUCAAACAUGGGACCUCCAGCUUUACAUCCCAUCCAUGAGAGUGUCCCUUGCCAAAGCUACUAUUAGAAGUAAACUCAUUUUCACUUCAAAUACAAAGUGCCUUUCCCAAGGGCACAACACUAGGGCCUGCCAGGGAUUAAAACCCAGAAUUUCUGAGUCAACAACCAUAUCAUAACCACAAGACCACCUUCCCACCUAAAAGUAAAGUAACUUCAACAGUAUUCCCAGACCCCAUCCUAU